GAUUUUACAUGUUAGACUAAACUUUAAGGAAGUUCGUUUGCAUGGUUUUAAGCCUUAUCAACCACGAAAGGGCUGGUACCAAAGGGAAUUGAAAUGUCGGAAUUCAGCAAAGAAAUCGUGGAUUUAGUAUGGGGGAGACCGGCCAGCGGUGGUGUGUCAGCUUCUCUCUUCCGGAGAUGGACACAGGGGUUUGUUUUCAGUGAAACGGAGCGUAGCGCUUUGGAGCAGUUCGAAGGAGGACCAUGUGCUGUUCUUGCCCCAGUGCAGGCGUUCCUAUUGAAGAACAUUCUGUUUAAUUUGGAGAACUCAAACUGGCAAGAUAUUUCCGAGGAGGAGCAGCGGUCUGCGCUGUGCUCUACGCUGAGUGAGAUUCUGGAGUCAGCAUGUCUGAAAAAGACUCAGUCAUUCUGUCUGGCCACCUGGGCCCGCGCCAAAGUCCCGGACGAGAACUCUGACAUCACAGACAGUCGUCCGGAACCCGAGUCCAGUCAGACCGCCGAUCCAGAGCAGCCCACUGCUUUGGCUGCUGAGGAGCUUGGCUUUGAGAGAUUUCACAGCGUUAUACAUAAAAGGACACUGAAGUCAGUAGCUGAACUGAAGGAAGCAGUGCUGUCUUUGUACGACACUUGGAGGAAUAAAUUUGGAGUUCUGUUGUUCCUGUACUCCGUCAUUCUCACAAAGGGCAUUGAGAACAUAAAGAAUGAGAUAGAAGACACCACGGAGCCUCUCAUAGACCCCGUCUAUGGCCAUGGCAGUCAGAGUCUCAUUAACCUGUUGGUGACUGGGCAUGCAGUAUCCAAUGUGUGGGAUGGGGACAGAGAAUGUUCUGGAAUGAAACUGCAUGGUAUUCAUGAGCAGGCUUCUGUGGGUUUCCUUACAUUGAUGGAGUCGCUACGCUACUGCAAGGUUGGAGCGUUUCUCAAAUCUCCAAAGUACCCUAUAUGGAUCCUUGGCAGCGAAACUCAUCUUUCAGUGUUCUUCACAAAGGAAAUGGCAUUGGUCGCCCCUGAGUCGCCCUCAGAACAGGCCAGAAGAGUGUUCCAGAGCUUUGACCCAGAAGAUAACGGGUUUAUUCCAGAUUCUCUGCUGGAGGAUGUUAUGAAGGCUUUGGACCUGGUCUCUGAGCCUGAAUAUGUGAAUGUUAUGAAGAGCAAACUGGAUCCAGAGGGCUUGGGUAUCGUUCUGUUGGGGCCAUUCCUGAUGGAGUUCUUUCCCGAUCAGGACUCUGGGAUUCCAGACUCAUUUCCUGUGUAUCAUUAUAACGGCCUCAAGCAGUCAAACCAUAACGAGAAGGUGGGUUAUGUUGAGGGCACUGCUGUGGUCAUGGGUUUUGAGGACCCUAUGGUGCGAACGGAUGACACGCCCAUCAAACGCUGUCUCCAGACCAAAUGGCCAUAUAUCGAACUCCUCUGGACCACUGAGAGGUCACCCUCCCUCAAUUAA